GGCCUUCUAUAUAACCUCACACACAUUCACACACAUACUAUCUCUUUCCGAACAAAAACUCUUCCCUUCCUCUCUCUCUCUCCCCCUUCUCUCUCUCAAAAAAGAAAAGGAAUUCUACACAAAAAUCCCAUCAACAAAGAUCAAAUUUUUAAGCAUCGCUCGUCGUCUUUCAGGCUAAAAAUUCAACCAACAAGUAAUCACCUGAAAAUUCCCUUUGAUCAUUGUGAAAACCCAAAUUCAAGACUGUUGGUUUGUGAUCGGAAUUUUGAUGAGUUUUUUCAUAGCAGAUGUCACGUGGGUUUUUGGGGGAAUCUUUUGCCCCUUUUGCAUGCUUGAUUUUAAAAGCUGUGAACAAGUAGCUUAGAAAGUUCGAUUAUCCAUUCUUGCCAAGUUAGGGCACUGCAGAGAUAGAGCGGUGCCCAUGGAUGCCACGGCUAGUGGAGCAUCGAGCGUUCAGUACCACAACAUCAGCGAUCAGACAAUCGCGCCCCUUGUUCCUAGGCAACAACGGCAUUGCUUUGGAAAUGCAAGCCCCGGGGAGUUCCCGUUGUCUGCUAACCCGUCCAUCGUCCUCCACUUCCUCUCCGCCUGCAAUUUGGAUCCGCAAGAUCUUGCAAAACUCGAGGCGACGUGUUCCUUCUUUAGGCAGCCUGCGCACUUCGCCCCUGACCACGAGCUCUCGUUGGCAGAGCUUGCAGCUCUUGAUAUGUGCCAGAAGAGGGCUAUAUUCAAGCCAAUGGCCAUAGAGCAGCAACAAUGCUUGAAGCAGAGGUGCGGGGGCUCAUGGAAACUCGUCUUGAGAUACCUUCUGGCCGGAGAGGCGUGUACGAGAAGGGAGAAGUCGCAGGCAAUAGCCGGCCCUGGUCACAGCCUCGCUGUGACCUCUAACGGGGCUGUGUAUUCGUUUGGUUCCAACAGCUCUGGACAGCUUGGACAUGGAACCACGGAUGAGGAGUCACGCCCUUCUCUAAUUAGAUCUCUGCAAGGAAUCCGAAUCAUUCAUGCUGCGGCUGGGGCUGGACGAACAAUGCUGAUUAGUGAUGCAGGACGCGUCUAUGCCUUUGGGAAGGAUUCUUUUGGUGAAGCCGAAUACGGGGCUCAAGGGAAUAAACUAGUAACUUCACCUCAACUAGUUGAAUCUUUGAAAGACAUCUUUGUUGUCCAAGCUGCUAUUGGGAAUUUCUUCACUGCCGUGUUGUCUAGAGAAGGCAGGAUUUACACAUUUUCUUGGGGAGACGAGAGCAAACUCGGCCAUCAAACGGAACCUAAUGAUCUGGAGCCACGCCCGUUGCUGGGGGCACUCGAAAAUAUCCCUGUGGUUCAAAUUGCAGCUGGUUACUGCUACCUUCUUGCUUUGGCUUGUCAACCUGGUGGCAUGUCUGUAUACUCUGUUGGGUGUGGACUAGGUGGAAAGCUCGGGCACGGUACUAGAACAGAUGAGAAGCAGCCAAGAUUGAUCGAACAGUUUGUGACGUUGAAUCUCCAGCCCGUCGUAGUUGCUGCCGGUGCUUGGCACGCUGCAGUGGUCGGGAAGGAUGGGAGAGUGUGCACGUGGGGAUGGGGGCGGUACGGAUGCUUGGGGCACGGGAAUGAGGAUUGCGAAUCAGCCCCCAAAGUGGUCGAGGCCCUGAGCAAUGUCAAGGCGGUGCACGUUGCAACGGGGGACUACACGACCUUCGUGGUCUCGGACGCUGGAGACGUCUAUUCUUUCGGAUGUGGAGAGUCAUCAAGCCUCGGACAUAACACCGCUGCUGCUGAUGAGCAGGGAAACAGGCACACGAACGUGCUAAGCCCGGAGCUCGUGACCUCGUUGAAGGAGGUGAAGGAGAGGGUUGUGCAGAUAAGCCUCACAAACUCGUUAUACUGGAACGCGCACACAUUUGCGCUCACCGACUCCAACAAGCUCUACGCGUUUGGAUCCGGUGACAAAGGGCAGCUAGGCGUCGAGCUCGCGGCUAACCAGACGGAGAGGGCGAACCCGGACCGCGUCGACAUCGACCUCAGUUGACCUCUGUACUACCCUUUGCCUUUAAUCUUAUUAUUAUUAACAUUGCAUUUGCAGCUAGCUGUAGAUAUAUGAUGUUUCAUGUUUAUUGCUCUGUGUAAAUAGAAACAGUGAUUGUGAAUAAGGGGUAGGGAUUUAGGAGCUGCAGAAUUAACCUCUUUUAGAAAUUCGUUAGCUCUUUGUCUGAAACCAGUAAAUAGCUUUUUAAAAAUACUUUGUCAA